GAUCACUGAAACGAUUCACUCAAACGAUCGCUGAUUCACAACAUUAACAGUGGAUUUGAUUUCACUAUUCAUUAAGCGAUUCAUUAAUUCAUUAAACAUUGCAUUCAAUAUAAAACAGUUUAUUUGUGAAACACUUUUCGCAUUCAAUUAAAUGAUAUUUUCAUUACUUUAGAUAUUUUGUUAACAAUUAGUGUCACAAAAAAGUGAUUUAUUCAGUGAUUUGUUUUCGUUUACAGUUUUUUACACCAAAUAAUAAAUAAAUAAAACUUUUGGAUUGAAUUAAAUGAAUGUAAUGUUUGUUGAAGUGAUCGCUAUAUUUGGCUGAUAUGGACGAAGAGCUCAUCUAUUACUUACUAUUGGUUCCCAUUUCAAUACCGGUCACACUAUUCUUCAUGUUGUUGUCGUGGAUGGGCUUCCAGUUAUUCAUUAACAACUGAUUCUUCUAUAUCUUAACCACUAUUCGGACAAUCAUUUGGUGACAAACUGUUGACUCGUUUAAUAUAAUAGAGAAGAGAGACGACCGCUGCCGGAGUCACUCCCGCCAGACGUUUGGCCGCAAAGAUCUGAAUGACAGUUUAAUUUCCGUCUAAUGACUGGACAUAUGGAUGCCAUUGGAUGCCGUGUUUGAGGCGAUUUUGAAUGCGAAUAUUUGCGGUUCAAUAUUGGAUGUGAUAAACAUAUUAUGCGAGAAAUAAUGGGCGGAAGAACUCUUAAGAGAUAUAUUCUGAUGGGAGUGUUAUGUUUGGUCACAAUAGCUCUCAUAUAUCAGUUCUCUUCUCCCACUUGUUUCGCAUCCCAUUCACAGGAAAGUCAAUGGAUUUCACCCGAGCAAUUUAUUAUGAGUAAAGACGAGCGAAGCGGCGAAACGCAAAAGUUUGUGUACAAUCGCUAUAUGCCUCUCAUCUUCAUUGGAGGAAUGCCCAGAAGUGGUACCACUCUAUUGAGAGUCCUUCUCGACGCUCACCCGGAAAUCAGAUGCGGAGAAGAGACGCGAGUAAUUCCCCGUUUGUUGGGUUUCCGUCAGUCGUGGCUCAAAGCGCCCUUUGAAUCCCGGCGUCUAUCAGAGGCCGGCAUCACUGCCGAAGUGCUGGACGCAGCCGUUGGCGCCUUUAUAUUAGAGAUCAUCGCAAAGCACGGAACCCCUGCCCCACGGCUUUGCAAUAAAGAUCCGUUCACUUUGCGUUCAGCCGUUUAUUUAAGAUAUUUGUUCCCAAACUCGAAGUUUAUAUUUAUGAUACGAGACGGUCGAGCAGUCGUUCACUCCAUCAUCAGUCGAAAGGUGACUAUUUCUGGCUUUGAUUUAAAAGACUUCCGCCAAUGCCUUAAGAAGUGGAACGCAGCCAUGUCUGCGAUGCACUAUCAAUGCGAACAAUUGGGAAGUAGUGUUUGUCUUCCCGUACAAUACGAACAAUUAGUACUUCAGCCCAAAGUGUGGUUACAGAAAAUUUUGAGCUUUUUAUCGGUUCCGUGGAAUGAGUCAGUGCUUCACCACGAAGAGCUCGUCAACAAAAAGAAUGGAAUCUCUUUAUCAAAACUUGAACGUUCAACGGAUCAAGUGAUUAAACCGAUCAACAUUGAGGCGCUGUCCAAAUGGGUCGGACAGAUACCCGACGAUGUGGUCAGAGAUAUGGGUUCUAUAGCGCCGAUGCUCUCUGUUUUGGGUUACGACCCGACGGCUAAUCCUCCAAACUAUGGUACGGCCGACACAUUAGUGGAGCAGAAUAUGAAACACUUGGAAGAGAACAAAGAGGACUGGCUGGAGAACAGCUUUUUUUGUGCAAAACAAUUGUAUCUGAAAACCUGA